UUAAUUAAAUCUUCUCUCUCUUUAUUUUUUUCAUUAUUCCAAAUUCUUAGUAUUAUUCACGACCAUUAAUAUAUCAACAGCUCUUUCCUUGCUUUUUUCUGCGCCGGCAGUAACGAACUUUGGACAUUUUGUGAAUACAUAUCAACAGAUGUACGUACCAGAAUGAGCACUAGUUCUGAAUAUUUUGAGAAAUUUACAUGGAGAAUUGAAGAUUUCUCAAAAAAGAAUUGCAUGAAAUUAAAGUCCAAAGAUUUCAAAAUCCGUGGUUAUACAUGGAAGAUCCUUGUGCAUCCACUAAGGAGGGAUGUUGACCAUUUUACAUUGUAUUUAAUGGUUGCUGAUUCUUUACCACCAUAUGGAUGGGAUAGAAACACCUUUUUCAAGUUAGUUCUAGUUAACCAGCUGGAUAGGAACAAGAACAUUGUAAAAGAGACUCAGCAAAAGUUCAAUGGAGGAUAUAGAAGCUGGGGUGCAUUUUUCCUAAAUUUCAAUAAAUUCAUUGACCAUAAACAAGGGUAUCUUGUGAGAGACACAUGCAUAAUUGAAGCUCAUAUUUGUGUGUCUAACUUUGCACCAAAAAUUUAUGACGUCAAUUCCUUCAACCAAAAUUCAACUCCAACAGAUCAAUCUUCAGACGAAAGGGAAACAAUUAGUCCAAGAACAUCAGGUUCAACAUCUAGUCCAGAUGAAGGAGAGAUUCAAGGUACGGAUUUAACAUUAAGACAAUUUAUAGAUUUGGAUGGUUUAAAACCCGAAGAAAAACAUUUUGUUCCAUUUUUAGAGGAAGUUUGCACGUGGCGUCCGUCUUUGAUACAAAGUCAAAUGAAAAAAUCUCGUUUGUUUCGACAAUGGGCGUUUAUUUCAUUAGGAAAAGUUCUGUAUUUUCUUAAGACGAAGAAAGUGAAAGAUAUGAGUGAAGAUGACAUAAAGAAUCUUAAGAGUUUGUGGGAGGAACUAGCAAAAUCUUCGGAAUUCGACUUGAGUUGGUUAGAGCCUUAUGUUAAAUCUGCUUUAGGUGUGAAACCUUAUUUGGAAAGAGCAAACAAAUUGAAGAAAUUACAAGAUAAAGUUGUUUCUUUGGAUAUUAAAAUGAAGAUGCUUAGGGAUGAAUUGGCUGCUUCACAAGCAGAGUUUGAGGUUGCAAGGAAAGGGUUAUCAGAAAUCAGAAAUGGUUUCCAAGAAAUGAAUGUUAAUGCUACAAUAGGUUAUGCUAUGUUUUAAUUGGUUUUAGGUACUGAUUAAUUAAUUUGUAGACAUUAAUGAAAUGUUUUAUUUUUAGAACAUGAUUAUUAUUGAAAUUCUUUUGGUGAAAGAAUACAAAGUCUUAGUUUUGUACAAAUUAUGGAGAGAAAAAACUAUAGCAUUGUGUAUGACAUUUAAUACAUAACUAGUUAGUGUUCUGUUAUUCUUUUGUAAUAAUCUUUCUUACAACAAUGCUUCUUUAUGGCAUCUAA